UGAUACUAAUGAAGCCAUACCAGUUUUGGAAAGGUUAAAUCCCUCAGUCCGAGGAUGAGGGUUCCUCCAAACCCCUAAAGAUAAGUAAUCUUGCCAAUGUCUAUUCUUAGUAAAAAUGAAGAGUGGGAGACAACAUGAAUGAGUCAAUAGCAACACUUAGCAUUCCUGUCUUUUCUAUCUAUUUUAUUCUUGUAUCUACAACACUCUCAGAAUUAGACUAUUAGCUCUACCAGUUGUCUACAUGGUUGAAUCUAUGGGAAAGUGCUGUAUUGAUGGCAGGAUCAGGCUUUCCUAGACUCUUCUGUUAGGACUGGGAACAAAUUUUCCCAUCAAAAACAAUGAUUAAAAUGCAAUUUGGCCCACUUUAGCUACAUUGUGGAUUAACCAAGCUACUCUGUAGGGUGACCUAGAUGUUUAGUAUUAAUAAUAUUACUGUAUGUUGCAAGUUGUAACCAAUUGACUUACCUACGAAUAGAUUUUUAGAACAUAUCCCAUUCAGUUGUUGGAGAGUGCUUUUUUUUUUCUUAAGAUUUUAUUUAUUAAUUUGAGAGAGCAAGCAAGGAGAGGAGCAGAGAGAGAGGGACAAGCAGACUCCACACCAAGCACAGAACCCCACAAUGGGGCUCAAUCUCACGACCUUGAGAUCAUGACCUGAGCUUAAAUCAAGAGUCCAGCGCUUAACCGACUGAGCCACCCAGGCACCCUGAGACUGCUUUUGUUCUAAGAAAAUGUUUAGAGCUCAUAGACCACAAAGAUAUUUCUUUGGUACUUAGGACAUGAACAUAGAUUUAGCUUCAAGGGAGGAACAUAGUUACAUUGUAGACAUGUAGUUUGAACCAGAAUAUGUGUUCUAGAUCAGUAAUUAUCAAAUCUGUGCCUAUAAAUUAACUGGAGAUGUUAUUAAAACGCAGAUUCUGAUUCAGUAAGUUGGGUAGGACCUGAGGUUCUGCAUUUCCAACAAGUUUGCCGAUAUUGAUGAUAACACCAGUCUACAGACCACUUGGGAUUGCAAGAUUCUAGAAUCUUUUAUAAAAAAUUUAGUAUAGUCUCCAGGUCUGCUCAAAUAAACUCUUUGGGAAAAAAAAAAAAAAAAAAAAAAUUAGUAUAUGAACCUUUCAAAGUCAUUGAUCAUCUUUCAAAGUAUCUGAUUUCUGUAAUUUAAAUAAAAGAAUGCAGAGGUGGCAUUUUGGGGAAUAUGUUACAUCCAGAGGCCACGGAAAUCAAAUAUAUUUAUUAAAUCAACAGGUUCAGGAAAAUAAGCACAUUCCAUAUGUAGUAAAUUUUACUAAACUCAAAACAGUGAAGCCUGAACUGAAAUUUCUAUCUCAUGACUGAGUGAUGAUUAUGGUCCACUGUGCCUUUUUGCUUUAUUAUUUAAAAUUCUGUUUCUGGGAGGCUCAGUCAGUUAAGUGUCCGAUUCUUGAUUUUGGCUCAGGUCAUGAUCUCAGUAUUGUGAGAUUGAGCCCCACGUCCGGCUCCAUACUGGACAUGGAGCCUGCUUAAGAUUUUCUCCCUCUCCCUCUGCCUAUCUCUCUCUCUCUCCCCCUCUCAAAAAAAAAAAAAAAAAUUCUGUUCAAAGUUAAGAAAGAAGUAUAGCUAUUGUUUUUAAAAAGUACCCUAGAAAAUAGAGAAAAAUACAGAAAGCAAAAACUGUCCAUAAUUCCUCAAUGCAGAAAAUACAGUUAAUAUUUGAUGCAUUUCAUUUAUAUUUUACCUAACAAGAUUAUACUAGCAUUCAACUUUAUUUCCUGAUUUUUAUGGUCACUGUAUCAUAAAAUUUUCCCUUUAUUUAAUUUUUUUUUUUUUUUUUUUUAGUGCAAGCCAAUGGCUGUGUUAAUAUUCAACAAAUAGAUAUCAUAAUUUAACCAUUAUACUAUUAGGCAAAACAUUUCAUUCUAUUUCUUCUUUUUGGUCUUUCUUAAUACUGUGAUAAGCAAUGCUAAUAUGAACAUCUUUGUACUUAAUUGUGACAGCAUCUAUCCUCAAGAGUGAUUCCUGAAAUAGGAAAUAUUGUAUUGGAAUUUAUCCAUAUUUUAAUAGUUGAAUUUUUUUCCAGAAGGUUAGGCAAAGUUAUGCUUCAAUUAAAAGCUAGAGUGCUCAUUUCAUGACAGUCUUUCCAGCUUGAAGUGUUAUUUAUAAAAAGUUUUUGCAAAUUUUAAACAAGCAGUUUAUUUUAUAUUUCUUAACUGCCAGGGAGGCUGAAAAUAAUUUAGUAAUUUAAUAUUAUUCAUUGUGUUUCCACUUGGUAAACUUAUCUGCUAUUAUUUUUGUGUACUUCUCCCUUGGAGUCUUAGCAUUUUUUUCUUAUUUGUGUGUAGAAGUUCUUUAUAUAAUAAGCAUAAUAAUCCUUUAUCAGACUUACAGCAGUACUAUUCCUAGUUUAUUAUUUAAAAUCCAUUUAACAUAGUGCAUUAUUAUUUCAUAGGUAGAAUUUAGUGGUUCAUUAGUUGCAUAUUAUUUUUUAUUUUUAUGAAUUUUGGUCAUGUUAGUAUGUUCAUUUUUAUGGUGAAAUCUAUUAACCAAUCCUCUUUUUUUUUUGUUUUGUUUUAAAGAUUUUAUUUAUUUAUUUGAGACAGAGAGAAUGAGAGAGAGAGAGCACAUGAGAGGGGGGAGGGUCAGAGGGAGAAGCAGACUCCCUGCCGAGCAGGGAGCCCGAUGCGGGACUCGAUCCGGGGACUCCAGGAUCAUGACCUGAGCCGAAAGCAGUCGCUUAACCAACUGAGCCACCCAGGCGCCCCCAAUCCUCUUUUUUAUUUCUUACAUUGCCUUAAUGCUUAGAAAAAUCCUUCUCCUUUAGCUUAAGUUUUGUUCCUCUUGUGCAGUUUUAUUUUUACUUUUAAUUCUUAAAUCCAGAAGCCGUUUUAGUGUGUUAUGUGAGGUGAUGAUCUGAUAGGUUUUUUCAAAUAUCAAAAUGUUCUCAACAUUACUUAAUGAAUAAUCUGUCUCUCCCAUUGGUUUUUGAUACUUCUUUGAAAAUAUAUUGAGUUCCUGGGCCUCCUGGGCCUGCUUCUGGGCCAGCUGUUCUGUUCUGUUGAUUGGUGUGUCUAUUCUUUUGCCACUACCACACUACUUUUAGUAGUGCUUUUAAAAUAAAGCAAAUAAAUAAAUAAAGUAGUAGCAUUGUGUAGAAGUAGCUCUUUCCUACUGAAAUAAUUUUUUUUUUGAUGGCAUAAGUGAAUAAAGAAAACUCUAUGGAUGAGCAUGGAAUCCAGCAGUUUUAGGGGAGUAAAGAAAAAAGGUUACAUGCUUACUGAUGGUUAAAACAAAGGAAAGGGGAAGUGAAGAAGCAAUAGCUGUGGAGUGUUAUUACUUGAAUGGGCACAGUAGCCAACAUGGAGAGCCAGAACAAGACUAUGCAGAAUGCAGAAAAUGAAGAGUAGAAGAGAAAAGAACAAAACAGGAAAACACACACAAAAAAAAAAAAUGGAGAGGAAGGGGAAAAUGGAGGAAUAACAUGAGGAUUUAUUAUAAGAGAAUAAUGAUAUGAAUAGUAUUACAUUCACAGAGCUUUUUAUAAUAGUAUUUCUGCAAAUAUAUAAAGUAUAUAGUGUAUUUACAUAUCAAAUACAAGCACACAAGGCCUAACCCAAGGAAUAAACAAAGAAAUACAACAGAAUGAUAUAUCAACAUUAAUAACAUGAAAUAGACUGAGACAGGAACCUAGCUCCUCAGAGUAGCAAACCACAACCAAUUCUCUCUUAGAGUUGGACUGAUGAUGAGGAGAAUUCACAAGUGUAGAGCCUACUUAGACAUACCUGAAAUUCUUAAUAGAUGUUUAAUUUUUCAGUUUGGUAAGUUUGUUUAUAAUUCUACAUCUAAUCAAAAUUGAAUUUACUUUAGGCAGUGUGACACAGAAAGCAAAAUACAGGCUUUGGAGUUAUACAAGCUUUGGCUCUACAUUCUAGAUCUGUGGUUAUCUGUUUUUGGUUUUGGGUUGGCAUGGUUGAGCCAUAUUAACUUUGUAAUUUUGGAUAAGUUAUUUACUGUAUCUAGGUCAAUUUCCUCAGUAAAAUGAAAUUAAUAGUAAAUACCUCAGUGUUUUUCUAGUCAUUAUAUGAGAUUAUCAAAUCUUUGGGAGGAUAGCUGGCACAUGAUCAGUGUUGUAUAUUGCAUUUUUUUCUGUGAGCUUCCUAGACUGCAAGGUCCUUGAGGGCGAAGACCCUGUGUGUCUUCUGUUAUGUUUCCCUGGUGCCUAAAUCAAUAUCCAGAACAUCAGAAAUGCUCAGUGUUAGUUAACUUCUUUAUCCUUCCGGACAUUCUCAGCAAUCAUUGCCUUUCAUGUUGGAUUCGAUGACUUGGAGUAAUCAGUGCGAGCUGAGCUCCUUCCCUGAAUGAAUCCAACUAACCCCAGUGAUUGCCUUCUGAAAUGACCAGCAGACACACAUCUGUCCAGAGGCUGUCCAGAGUAUAAAUUCUGGUUCUAAAGUACCAUGUCCAGCCAAGGAAGUCCUGGUGUGGAGUUUUCUACGACGACAGUUAGUUCAGUAGCUGUUCAGGCUGGGGACUCCAGAAUCGUGAUAGCUGUCAUAAAGUGUGGCAAGUGGGUACAACUUCAAUUGGCUGAAUCACAGCCCAAUCUUCUAGAAAUUGGUAGCAGUCAAGAUGAGACCAAAAAACUUCUUCAUGAUCAUGAACUUCUUUUGGCCAAGCUCAAGGCUUUGGAAGAUCAGGUAUGGGAACUCUUGCAGGAAGCAGACAAGACAGCUGAAGAGAACAAGGAUCAGAGUCAGGUCUAUGAUGCCAUGGCCAACACCUUGGGUGAAGCAUGGGCAGCCCUUGUCUCCAUGCUUGAAGGAAGAAGGGAGCUCCUCAGGUUGAGCUCUGAAUUUUUUGAAAAUGCGUUGGAGUUUGCUAUUAAAAUAGACCAAGCUGAAGAUUUCCUCCAGAACACCCAGGAGUUUGAGAGUGCUGAGUCCUUAAAAUCACUUCUUCAGCUUCACGAACAUCAUACCAAAGAACUCUUAGAACGAUCUCUAAUCCUUUUAAACAAAAGUCAACAGCUCACUGACUUCAUAGAAAAAUUCAAGUGUGAUGGACCUAAUGUGAAUCCUGAGUUGAUUCAGGGAGCUCAUAACAGCUGUCUGAAGAUUGACAGCCUUCUUGAGCUUCUACAAGAUAGGAGACGGCAACUCGACAAAGACCUGAAGCAACAGCAGCAAGAAUUGGGUCAGGUUCUGCAGUUAUUUCAGUGGGACCAGCAAGAAAAUCAGGUUACUUGUUGGUUUCAGAAAACCAUAAGAGAUUUACAGGAACAAAGUCUAGGUUCAUCACUUUCAGACAAUGAGGAGCUAAUCUGUAAGCAUGAGGAAUUGAUAAUAAAAGCAAAGGAAUGGAAUUCCGCUGUUGAGAAGCUGAAGAGUGAUGCACUUGGGAUUCUGCUGUCUAAGGGCUACGUGGAGAAAGAGCAUCUACAGCUCUCUAACCAGAAACUGCAUCAGCUUCAAGGAGAAUGCGAUCGGCUCAUGGUGGAAAGGAAAACUUGGUUAAAAAAGGCAAAUGUUUUUUUUAACAGCGCUAAUAAGGCAUUCGAUGUACUUGGGAGAGUUGAAGCUUACCUUAAGCUCCUUAAAUCAGAGGGUUUAAGUCUGCCUGUCUUGGCAGCGAGGCAUGAGGAAUUACACAGAGAAAUUAAAGACUGCACAGCUGAUGCUUUGCAAAAGGGACAAGCCUUAAUCAGCCAAGUAGACUCCUGUAGCUCUCGGGUGACUGGAGUCCGCGAGAUGAUGGGAUGCAUUGAGAGGCGAGUGGACCAACUGACCCAACAGUGUUCAGCGCACAAAGAAUUUGCUCUUAAGAAACAGCAAUUAACUGCCUCGGUGGAGGGCCACCUCAAGAAGGUGGAAAUGUCAAUUCAGAAAAUCAGUCCAGUACUUUCCAGUGCAAUGGAUGUCGGUUCCAGCCUUUCUGAAUCAGGGAAGAUUUUGAGUAAAUACUUGGAACUAGAUAUGAAAGCUAAGGAGACAGCACAUGAAUUAGAAGCAGCUGCAAAACUUAUGACAGAGAAAAAUGAAUUUGAACCUGAUGAAGUGGCAUUGCUUUCUUCUAAAGCUAAAUGGCUAGAGGAAGAAUUAAAAAUACUUGGCCAAAGCAUCGGCUCCAGGUCACAAGUCCUGCAAACUUAUGUGGCAUUUCUAAAGUCCUCAGAAGAGGUACAGGAGCAGUGUCAGAGCCUAAAGGAGUUUUACCAAACUGAAAUCCUGCAGAAGGAAGAGGAUGAUGCUGAAGCCAAGCAUCGAUCUGACUCAGCUGAGAAGCAAUGGCAGCUAUUUUUGAAGAGGAGUUUUUUAACUCAAGACCUAGGGCUUGAGUUCCUUAAUUUAAUAAAUAUGGCAAAAAGGGAUGAAAUAUUAAAUGCGAAAAGUGAAGUGCACUUUAUGGAGAACACUAUGGAAAGCCAGAAGGCAGAAAGAGAAGAACUCAGCCACCUUCGGAUGACAUGGCAACUUAAAGCCAUUGCAAGCAAGCCUGUGAAACAGCAGUGGGGAGCAUUCAAAGAACAACUUAGAAAGACUACUUACAACUUACAACUUCUUCAGGAAGCACUUAUGCCUGUGUCUGCUCUUGACCUUGGAGGGAGCCUCCAGACCAUUUUAGGUCUACAGAAAAAAUGGAACGAAAUGAAGCCUCAGCUCCAGCAACUGAAUGAUGAAGUUCAGUACAUUAUAAAAGAAUCAGAAGAGUUAAGUGGCAAAGGAGCCCCUAUGAAAGAGAAGUCUCAACAACUAAAGGGGCUUAUUCAUCUCCAUCAAACACAGAAAGAGAGAAUCCAAGAUUACGAGGAUAUCCUGUACAAGGUGGUCCAAUUCCACCAAGUCAAGGAAAAGCUGGGUCAUCUCAAUAAGUCAAGGGAAAUGGAGCUUUUAGAAGAGCCAAAGGAUCUGGAUGAUGCCCAUGAAGCCCAGGUUCACCUCAGUCGCUCGCAGGAAAAGCAGGCACAUAUUGAUCAUCUCCAUGAACUGGCCCUUUCCCUGGGAGUGGAUGUCAUCUCAUCAGUGCUACGGCCUAACUGCUCUAACAUUUCUGCAAAGAACCUGCAGCAGCAGCUGGACCUCCUUGAGGGGGACCAUGUGAACUGGCGUGCCAAAGCCCAGGAGUAUGAACGGACCCUGACCUGCAGCUUGGAGUACUGCACCUCAAGGGACAAGAUAAACGAGCUCAAAGAGUCAUUCAAAGAUAUCAAAAAGAAAUUCAACAAUUUAAAGUUUAAUUACACUAAGAAAAAUGAAAAAGCUCGGAACCUGAAGGCUCUUAAAUAUCAAAUUCAACAAGUUGAUGUGCAUGCUGAAAAAAUACAGGCUUUGAAAAAGAAAAUGGAAAAAGUUGAGAACAAAACUUCUGAUUCUUUCUUAAAUUAUCCAAAUAAUAAAGUUAAUGUUCUUUUGGAAGCAAUGAAGGAUUUGCAAAAACAUGUGAAUGAGUUUGAGAAAGUUGUGACAGAUUACAAGGUGAAUUUGGACCUAACUGAACACCUCCAGGAGAUGAUAGAAGAGUGUCACUUUUGGUGUGAAGAUGCAAGUGCCACAGUUGUAAGAGUUGGAAAAUAUUCCACAGAGUGCAAGACAAAGGAAGCUGUGGAAAUUCUCCACCAGCAGUUCAAUAAGUAUAUCGGGCCCUCAGUGCCUCAGCAAGAAGAAAGGAUUCAGGAGAUCAGUGACCUAGCUCAGCGCUUAUAUGGUUUUGAAGAAGGGCAGAAAUACGCUGAGAAAAUAGUGGCAAAACACAAAGAGGUUCUUGAAUCUAUCACUGAAUUAUGUGUCUCUCUCACAGAGCUUGAAGAAAAGUUGAAGCAGGGAGACAUUUUAAAGACAAAUGUGAAUUUAGAAGACUUCAUCAACCUGCUAAAAGAACCAGCAAGAAAUAAGCAGACACUAUUCAAUGAAGAAAGGAAUAAGGCACAGGUAGCAGGUGUUUGGGCCAUCAGUGGAACAGGAGAGGGUCAGCGUCCCCCGCACCUGAAGCAGCCGCCCUGUGACAGAGAGGGUGCUGUCCAAGGCCGGCUCCCGCCUGCAGACAUACUUUCAGGAGAAGAAUAUGAAUGUGUCUCACCUGAUGACAUCUCCUUGCCUCCACUCUCGGGAAGCCCCGAUUCCCCCCUUGCCCUGGCUGCCAUGGACGUGGAGCAGCAUGCCAGCCCUGCCCUCAGCCUUCACACGAGCAGCUACAGGAUGCAGACUGGGGCCAGCAGUGCAGGGGAGGCCCAAGAAUCGGGCAUUCCACCACCUGCUGCUUUGGCUGAUGCUUACAGUGAUAACAGAGAAACAUUUUCAAGUCAUUUUGAGAGGCCGUACCCCCAGUCCAAAGCUGAGCUCCCAUUAACCUCCCGAGGAUUUCUGGAAAAAAGUACUGCCUUCUGCAAAAUCAGUGCUAAACAUCCAGAGAGCAUGCCGAGUGAAGUGCAUGAGAGAGCUUCACAGCAGCACCCUCAGGCUCAGGGAAGUUUGCUAGAAACACGGGAGAAAGUGCAUGUUGAUAAUAACAUCACUAAAACCCGAGACAGGCUGCAUGCUUCCCAGGAUGCAUUCUCAGGCCUUGGGCUUCGAUCAGGCCCCAGCCGGGCCUAUCAGAGGCAAACAGUCCCCCAAGAGGAGAUUAAAUGUACAUCAGCAAAGAACACGGUGGUCAGCCUCACUGGCCAGGCUCCUAAUUUCUCCAGGCUCCUGUCUAAUGUAACUGUCAUGGAAGGUUCUCCAGUGACUUUGGAAGUUGAAGUAACAGGAUUUCCAGAGCCUACACUGACAUGGUACAAGAAGGGCCAGAAAUUGUCUGCAGAUGGGCACUUAGAGGUUUUACACAAGGAGACAAGACAUUUGGUGUUCAUUCCGAAGGUAUGUGAGGCAGACGCAGGCCUCUAUGUGGCUCGGGCCCAAAACUCUAGUGGCAUUCUCUCUUCCAAUGUCAUCCUCCACGUGACAGGUAACCACAGGCCGCCAAUCACAAGAAUAAACUGGGUAAUGCUGUGUGUCAUCUACAUUAGUGUGUCCCUAAUGUACUGGAUACUCACACAGUAACUGUGGGGUUGGCGCUCUUGGACGUCAUUCUCACGAGUCUAAAGAACAACCCCAUGGUUGUUUCUUUUCCUGCAUCUCUUACAUUUGCCUGCCUCUCUCCACCAAGUGUACCCACAUUCUAGUCAGGUGUUUGUUUGGCUAAUACCAAACUCAGCAAAAUAAUCACAUUUUCUCUAGUGUUUUAGUAUAUUUGAGGAACUUGGUAAAUUCUUAGCAGUGGAUAAGCAUACAUUUUUGUAUUGUAGAAAGAGAUGUAUUCAAUAUAAAGCUCAGUAAAAUUACACAAUGUUUAUUCCAUCCUCACUUAAGAGCAUGUAUAUCAAGGCUCACAUCAGCAGAGAGGUGUGAGUUAAAUUUCAAAUCCAGUUGUUUGAUAAUUUAUUUUUAAUUGUACUCAUAAACAUCUCUGUAGACUAACAGGAGAAAUACUGAAGUGAAGCUAUAAUUUACCUUAUCACAUCAGCUGUCCUUUUGUUGCAUUUCAUGUCUUGAUCUCAUUUAUCGAAAUACAUUUUAUGUAGUUUCAACCUAGACUACCUUCCUAAGUCUGAGGCGGCCACUGUAUAUAGUCAUUCCUUGUUGAUCUCACGGGUUUCACCAUGGUGAAUAGAUGUGCUGUCAACUUCAGAUGGAAUUUCAAACUUCCAUCAGCUGCACCUGUCAUAGAGCAAAAUGGAGCACAGGCUGCAGAUGGACCAACAUAAUUCCUGUCAUGUCACGGUCACAUUUUGGGCAGCCACAUUCAUACGAUGGCAACCUGUUCCUCCUGCAUCUUCUCUUGAUUCUGCUGCUGACCAUUUUUUGCAGCCUGUGGUAAAGACAUCUCAAUGCCUUAGUUUCCCAUUUGGAAAAUGGGUUCAUCGUCUACCUCUCGGGCGAUUGAGAGUUUUCUUUUCGUGUCUUGUAAAGAUUUAGAAAAUGGAAAGCGUUCUAUGAAGACUGAAGGUAAUUAUAUUGUUUGAUGUGACUUAUUGUCACACUGCCUUCUGCCCACUAUUCUCAUUCAGAUGAUGUUUCUUUAGAAUAUUAAAGGAGUGGUAUUAGUCUGUGAUUUCCAACCUUUCCCACGUGGGAAGGUGAUGUAUAUAUGAAUUGGAACUUAAAUUCCUUUCUGAUUUCUUAAGAUUACAUCUUUUUCAAAGACUUGAAAUUAAACUUAGGAAGAUGCAUUUAGUAUGAUCUAGGGGAAAAAGUAUGUAAUAAGACAACAUAAAGUGAAUUCUGUCCUUUUCUUCUAAUUAUCACUGUAAUAUUGAAGAAUUUUCUAUGCAUUUCUGAAAUAUAUUAUUCAGAAAAGAGGACCUUUUUGGUUCCCUCUAAAAGUAAACAUGAAUGAGAGAAGCAUUUGUUUUUAAAUUUUAAACAUAGUCUUGUCAUGGUAGAGCAAAAUCUUUAGUUGAAAGAAUAAUUUAUAAUAGAUUUCUGAUGAAGGGAAGGAAUUAAUUAUAUUGCUGUAAGACUAUCUACAAUAAUAAAAAUACUUAAAAGUAAUAUAUUCAAAUAAUGUAUAGAAUUUGGGUAAACUGUAGUCUUUUAGGGUUCUGAAAACACUCUAUUACAUUUUGUUGAAUUAAUGAGUCUGGGAAUACCAGGAAAAAAAAGUAAUACAUUCAAGUUAGUAUUAAAAAGCUACUGAAUGUUAUUUGAAGAUAUGAAAUGUGUGGUUGAGUAAAGUUGACAUAUUUUUUUCUGUGCAUCAAUUUACUUAAACAAUUAAAUCUCUUAAUUUUCUUCCAAAUUUUGACAGAAACCGAUUAAAAGCUUAUAUAUACAACGUCCUAGGGAACUCAUAGUCUCUUAAGUCUCCUAUCCAUUUUGUCCACUUUCACAUAUUUUACAUAUCUUGCCUAACUGCUAUUCCCAUGUUGAAGCUAAAUAGUAAAAUCUAGUCAUGUCCAAAGAGGGCAGGCAGGACCAGGUAAGAAAUUCUUGUCUGACCCUCUGUCUCUUUCUUGUUAAUUUAGUAAGAUCUUCUUUCCCAUUUUGUCAUCUUGGUUGAAUUUGUGGCUAGAGGUUGUUAGGGCAUGGGACUUGCUUGUUUGCUUUACAUGUUGCAUGCCAGUUAAAGGCUAAUGGGGAGCAUUAGUGGGCAGCAGGGUGAGAUAUAUAUAUAUCCAUCCAUCCAUGGUGUGUGACUAAAUAAGGUAUAAACCCCAGAUGUAUUUGAUACAUAUAUCAAAUAUAAUAUGUAUUUGACAUAUAUUAAAUAUAUGUAUAUACACAUAUAUGCACACACACAUAGAGCUCAAAUAUUGGGAAAAAGGAUUAUGCUGAUAUUCUAGAUAUAGUUCAGCUAGCUAUCUGUGUAUCAAUCUGUCUGUCCAACCAUUCAUCCAUCUAUCCAUCCAUCCAUCCAUCCAUCCAUCCAUCCAUCCAUCCAUCUGGUCAUCUAUCCAUCCAUACAUCUAUUUGCAUACCUAUCUACCUACAUAUUCUUUUGUGCUAUCAAUUGACUAUCUAGUAAUUCCCAUAGCAGUGAAGAAUAAUUAGCUAUUCAGUUAUUCUUCCAGUUAUAUUUUAAUUUCAAAGACUUAAGUGUGAUUUUCCUUUUUCUAGGAUUUCUGUCUUGAUCAAAAAAGUCUCCUUAUGAAAGUAUGAACUAAAAUUAUUGAUUAAAAAUGAAAAACCUAAGCAA